AGCUUCAGAGUGGGUGCUGGACUGGGGAGGAGUGGCUGGGUCUGCCGAGGAGCUUGGACAUCUCCAGAGGGCACCGGGGAGCCAGGCAGGGCUGAAAGCAGGGGAGAGCAGCGUCAGUUCUGGGUGCAGAAAGACCCUCAGGUGGACUGGAGGGGACAGUUAGAAAGGACAGGACUUCCUGCACUGGGACCUGGGCAGUGAGAUUCAAGAUGGAACCAUCCUGGAGGUGGAGAACCAGGGAAGAUGCUGCGUAGAGGCAGGUGCGGGACUUGUGAGGCCUGGAGGAUGCAGAAAUCCACUCUGUGGGUCUCUGGAGAGGCGGGCAGCAACCAGAGACUUGAGAGGAACAGGGAGCAGAGGCCAGAGGCUGGGGAGGAGGAAGCCAGCCCAGGGGAGGCCAUCAGAGGAAGUAAGCUACCAGUCCUGUUGGACUUGUCCAACCCGGGAGGGACUGAUGCAGGCCCUGGGUCUCCCUCCACUGUCCUCUUGGGGGUGCGGCCAGCACCAUGGACACCCUGCAAGCUCUGCCGCUCUUCCUCCUCCUGGUCUCUCAGGUAAGGAUCCUUGCCCUCGGAGCCACUUCUGGACUUCAGCAAACCAACUUUACCUCUGCCUCCUCCUUGGACUCAGCUGGCUCCUCCCAUGGACUUGGUUCGAAAGUUCCCCCUAUCAAACCCCCCAGCCAGAACUCUCCAGAUCAGUCUCUGGGUUCACAAGCCUCUGCUGAAAUUCCAGAUUCCAACUGGUUUCCUGAGGCCCUAAAUUCAAAUGAUGUGUCUGGAUCCAUUUGGUCAAAUGUUUCCACUGAGGGUCAACAUUUGAGCCCCCAUCCCAUCUUCUCUGAGAUUCCUGGUUCAGAAGUGUUUCCUGAUAGGUUGGAUUCCCCAGUUCCUGCCAAAGGUCCUGUGCCUUCCUUCUCUGAUAGGACCACAGCUUCAAACAUUGCUGCUCAAAUUCCUGAUACCCAAGUGCCUGUUGAGGCCCCAGAUUCAAAACUCCCCACUGAGAAUCUGGACCUUGAAUUCUCUGCCCAGAGCUCCCAAUCCCAAGUUCCUUCAGAGACCUACUCUGCAGCAAAUUUCCCCCAGCAGGUUGGGGGGCCUCUUGCUGUGCUGGUGGGGACUACCAUCCGACUCCCCCUGGCUCCAGCUCCCAGCCCUGGGCCCCCUGCCCCUCUGGUGGUUUGGCGAAGAAGCUCCAAGGUGCUGGCAGCUGGGGGCUUGGGGCCAGGGGCUCCUCUGAUCAGCCUGGACCCUGCACACAGAGACCGCCUGAGAUUCGACCAGGCCAGAGGUGGGCUGGAACUUGUCUCUGCCCAGUUGGAUGAUGCUGGGGUCUACACCGCUGAGGUCAUCAGGGGUGGGGUCUCCCGGCAGAUUCAGGAGUUCACGGUCAGUGUGUAUGAGCCCAUACCCAAGCUGUCUGUGCAGCCAGAGACCCCAGAGACGGAGGAGGGGGCGGCCGAGCUCAGGCUGCGCUGUGUGGGCUGGAAACCAGGCCAUGGGCAGCUGAGCUGGACCAGGGACGGCCGCACCCUGAAGGCCACGGACCCUGAAGGAGCAGAGUCGUCCCGGAUUCGCGCAAAGGGCGACCAGCUGCUCAUCGCUCGCCCUGUGCGUAGCGACAACGCGCGGUACACCUGCCGUGUCCGCAGCCCCUUUGGCCACGCGGAGGCUGCGGCCAACGUCAGCGUCUCCUACGGUCCGGAUCCGCCGGUCAUCACGGUCUCCUCGGAUCGCGAUGCCGCCCCGGACCUGUAUGUCACCGCGGGCAGCAACGUGACCUUGCGCUGCACCGCCGCCUCGCGGCCGCCGGCCGACAUCACGUGGAGCCUGGCGGACCCGGCCGAGGCCGCAGUGCCCGCGGGGCCGCGCCUCCUGCUGCCCGCCGUCGGGCCAGGCCACGCGGGCGCCUACGCCUGCCUCGCCGCGAACCCGCGCACCGGCCGCCGCCGCCGCUCGCUGCUCAACCUUACGGUGGCAGAUCUGCCCCUGGGGUCCCCACAGUGCUCAGUAGAAGGAGGUCCCGGAGACCGUAGCCUCCGCUUCCGCUGCUCGUGGCCGGGCGGGGUCCCUGCAGCCUCCCUGCAGUUCCAAGGUCUCCCCCGCGGCGUGCACGCAGGACCCGAGCCCUCUGAGCUUCUGGCGGUGGUUCCCGCCCACCCCCGGCUCAGUGGAGUCCCCAUCGUCUGCCUUGCUCACCACCUGGUGGCCUCGCGCACCUGCACUGUCACUCCGGAGGCCCCUAGGGAGGUACUGCUACAUCAGCUGGUGGAAGAGACACGGUCAGGGGAGGCAGAGGUGGCCCUGGAGGCCUCUGGCUGUCCCCCACCCUCACGAGCAUCCUGGGCCAGGGAAGGAAGGCCCCUGGCUCCAGGAGGCGGGGGUCGCCUGCAACUCAGCCAAGAUGGGCGAAGGCUUCUCAUUAGCAACUUCAGCCUGAAUUUGGACCUGGGAAAUUACUCCGUGUUCUGCAGUGGAGCGCUGGGUACUGGGGUCGACCAGAUUACCCUUAUUGGCCCCUCCAUCUCCUCAUGGAGGCUACAGAGAGCCCGGGAUGCUGCAGUGCUGACUUGGGAUGUGGAGCGCGGGGCCCUGAUCAGCAGCUUUGUGAUCCAGGCACAGACAGAGGGACCUGAACUGGGCAGAGCCACAACCUACGAUGACUGGGUCUCCCUGCUCAUCCUGGGGUCUCAGGAGCGCUCAGCUGUACUGCCCCUCCCUCCUUGGACCCCCAGGGCCUGGACCUUGCGCAUCCUGCCCAUGCUGGGGUCCCAGCCAGGGACUCCAUCCCAAAGUCGCGUCUAUCAGGCAGGCCCCACCUUGGGCUCCGGCGCCAUUGCUGGCAUCGUCCUGGGCUCCCUAUUAGGUUUGGCGCUGCUGGUUGCUCUCCUUCUUCUGUGCAUCUGCUGCCUGAGGCGCUUUCAGGCAAAGCCUCCAAAGAAAAAGAAGCAUCCCCCAGCCUUGGCUCCUGUGGUCCUCUCUCCAGAAAAGAAGAUGCAGAGUGUGACUCCAGCACAGAACCCACAGCCACUGCCCUUCAAAGUCCCUCUGAAGGACUCUAACCAAAUGGGGGCAUGCCAAGCCACCAGCCCCAGUCCAGUCAACUGUCCAGGUGGGAAACCAAGGACCAUUCGGGCAGCCACGCAGGUGUGAUCAGAGUCAGUGUAACUCUCUGCACGGGAUAUUUGGGGGCAAGGCUCCUGUUUUGUCCCAGCAGCAAGUAGGGCCUGCUAUGACUGAGGGCAGGACCCUGAAAGUGGACUCCCUGUCUCGUAGCAGAGAAGACUUAACCUGUAUUUGUAAAACGAGGAACUGAACUCCUGGGAGGCCCUGCAGAUCUGAAAUGUGGUUUUCACAUGCUCAGAGGCUCUGGUGCAGUCAGGCAGGGCGGGUGUGUCCCUCUGAGCUGGAGGGGAGCCUGGCCCGGUUCUCUGAGAAGGUCCCCUAUCUACACUUUGCCAGGCCACACCCCUUCCAGCUCCCAGACUUCUUUAUAAAAUGGAUCAGAUCGUGCCCCCUCCUCUCUUUAGACCGUCCAUGGCUACCUGCUGCCCUUUAGAUUUUAUCUGAGCUCCUCAUCUGGACCUUCAAGGCCUUGUGGUUGGCCUGUGAGCCUUUGUCACCUCUUCCCAGGAUUACCCCUGCUCCCAGCAUCUCUCAGCCACAUCUUUUCCCUCCAGGUCUUUGUUCCUAGAAUUCACUGUCUGGGCACUUCUC